AUCCUCCAAAGCACAAAAGAAGACCACAUCAAAAAGCUUUCAUUCUCGUUUUCUUUUUGCCGGUAACUAAAAAUGGCUAUCACUAAUGUCUUAGCCACCAGAAACGCCGUCAAAUUGGAUGGCUUCAGCUUCUUCUCUGGCAAACCAAACCACUUCUUAGCUCAACGUUUGUCAUUGACGACACGUAGAGUCCAAACUUGUUGUUGUUAUCGUGAGACGUCCUUAAAAGCUGUGACGCCGUUUAUGAUGCCUGACUCAGAAACAAAGAGUGACACUGAGGGAAUUGGAAUUGUCCGUUUCUUAACAGGGAAGAGCUAUUUGGUCACCGGUGCAACAGGGUUUCUUGCUAAAGUGUUGAUUGAGAAAUUGUUGAGGGCAAGUCCUGAGAUUGGGAAGAUCUUUGUUCUGAUGAAAUCCAAAGAUCAAGAAUCAGCCAACAAGAGACUCUACGAUGAGAUUAUAAGCUCGGAUCUGUUCAAGGUUCUGAAGCAAAUGCAUGGGACCUCUUAUGAAGCCUUCAUGAAGAGCAAGUUGGUUCCAGUAAUUGGAGAUAUUAGAGAAGACAAUCUGGGGACUGAAUCUGAAAUAGCAGACAAGAUUAAUGAGGAGAUUGAUGUCAUUAUAAGUUGUGCUGGUCGUACAACGUUUGACGACAGAUACUAUUCCGCUUUAAGCGUCAAUGCUCUUGGACCUGGUCGGCUCUUGAGCUUUGGCAAGGACUGCAAGAAACUGAAACUUUUUCUCCAUUUUUCAACUGCUUACGUGACUGGUAAGAAAGAAGGGACAAUAUUGGAGACUCCUCUCUGCAUUGGAGAAAACAUAACUUCCAACUUGAACAUUAAAACCGAGAUGAAACUAGCUUCAGAAGCUGUAAAAAAGUUCCAUGGCAGUGAACAAAUCAAGAAACUGAAAGAACUUGGUAUCGAAAGAGCUCAAUAUUUUGGCUGGGAAAACGUUUACACGUUCACAAAAGCCUUGGGUGAGACCAUAAUUAACAGCAAGCGAGGAAAAUUUCCUGUAGUGAUCAUAAGGCCUAGUAUUAUAGAAAGCUCCUACAAGGAGCCUUUCCCUGGCUGGCUCCAAGGAAGAAGGAUGAGUGUUCCACUAAUCUUGGGCUAUGGAAAAGAACAGAUUUCAGACAUGUGGGGAGAUUAUCAAUCUUUUUGUGAUAUUAUACCUGUUGAUAUGGUUGCCAACGCGGCAAUAGCAGCCAUUGCAAAGCACGGUUUUGGUGAUGUACCGGAACUCAAAGUUUACAAUGUUACUUCAACAUCUCAUGCGAAUCCCCUGCGACUCGGCGAGUUGGCAGACUUCUCUCAUCAACAUUUGUGUGAUUCUCCAUUGACAGAAACAAUAACGAAAGACUUGGAACGUAUGAAAUUCCACAGUUCCUUAGAGGGUUUCACCUCCUCUGUAUCCAACACUCUAGCAAAACAAGAAAUAGAGAUGAAUACUGGAGAAGGAAAAGGAGGAGAGUCACAUACCACAUUGAGCAUCAAAGGGAAGAGGAAGCUAAAUUAUUUUGUGUCCCUAGCAAGAACAUAUCAGCCUUAUUCCUUCUUUCAAGCGUGCUUUGAUGAUACCAAUACAAGAAGUCUGAUACAAGAGAUGUCACUGGAAGAGAGAAAGGUGUUUGAGUUUGAUGGCAGAUGCAUUGACUGGGAGCAUUACAUUGUCAAUGUUCAUCUUCCAGGUCUCAAAAGGCAAUUAUUUAGUGAAAGGUCCAGUUAAAGGGAAUGAUUAUAAGUGCUUGUGUUCACCAGGUGUAUCAGCUUUCUUUAUGUAUUUUCUAGUUUAUAAUUGAGUUUGGUCGAAUUUCUAUAUAGUUAUAUGUUAAAUCAACAAGACUUGUGUAAAAAUGGGUAGUUUUAUUUUCAGUUUCAAAAGCCACAUCCUUUCGUUGGUGUUUGUACGAAAACUAUUUAAGUUGGUGUUGUCUUAAUGAAAAAAAUACAAAG